GCCUAUUCAUUCAUUCAUUUAUGAUGAAGUCAUUUUUCGUCCUCCAUAAACUCUAUGUUGUAUUGACCACUAAAGUUUUUGUUUUACAGCCACAAUUCAUGUUUGAGACCAGCUGUAGAGGAAUGUGUUGCUGUCCUACAAAGCUGUUUGCUGGCAGGUCAGGUGGACACCUAACAGCUAGUUAGCAGUCCAUAUGGGCUGUGUGUGUCUAUCUUGACUUGCAGACUGAUCCAGAUAAUCUUUGUUGGAGGAUUAAAGCAAUGUCCCGGAGGAGGAGGACAUUCUAUACGGCCUGUAUUCGUGUUAUAAAGCUCCUACAACCUUUCAGGACACAUUUCACCCGCUGACUAUAAUGCCUUCCACAAAGAGCUCUAAUCACUGGACUUUAUCAGAGUUACUUGGGCAGCGGAGGCUGUUAGGGCUCGGAGCUCUGCUGGCAUGGCUUCUCCUCUUCCAUCUCCUUGUUAACGUUUGGCUCCUCUGCAUCUUCACCAGUCUCUUGGUGGUUCUCGGGGGUUGGCUCGGGUCCCGUGCCGUACUGGAUGCAAACAGCCUUCUCCACUUGGAACACUUUUUGCCUCUUGGCAAAGUUAGUCCACCUCUGUAUUCACCUGAGCAUGAGUGGAGGUUGAACCAUGAGAUCCACAGUGCUGUCCACAAAGCGGUGCGUGACUUUGUGUCCUCAUGGUAUCGGACUCUGCUGCCAGAGGUGGAGGGAGAGUUUGAACGUGCGGUGCGUAAUUCGAUGCUGGAGUCAGUGAUGGAGCUGAAGGAGCGUGCGCGGCGAGUGGACAGAAAAACACUGGUUCAACAGCUGCUAGAGUUGUAUGGCUGUCACCUGCAGAGCUACAUGACGGCAAGACAGAUACAUUCAACACAAAAGGAGAUCAUUAGUCUCUGGCAGCUCUACAGUGAAGUCGAUGCCCCUCACCCAGCUGUGAGCAGUGCAGCCGCUGAGCUCAGCUACUCAAGAGCUCUAGUUAACCUCAUCUUACAUGUGCUUGUUCCAUACCCUCAGAUGGAAACCAGGACUGGAGGUUACAUGGUUACAGAACUCAUCACCUGCAAUGUGCUGUUGCCGCUCAUAAGCAGGGUGUCUGAUCCUGACUGGCUCAACCAGACCAUGGUAGACAUAAUCACCAGGUCCAGAGAACCGCAAGAAAUCGAUGUGGAUGAGCUCCCAGUAGCUGCUCUAUACACAUGUCAGAUCCAGCAGGAGUCCUGGACCACGUGCAGGUCACUGUCUUCUUCUGAUCAAGCUGGCCUCAACAGCAAAAGCACCUCUGACCUUGAUGAUCUACAGAGCCAGAGUGAGAAGGAUUCCUCACAGAGCAGUAUGGUUAGCCUGAUGUCUGCCAGGAAACUAGAAAGUUGCCACUCAGGUUUGCUCACACCAUGCAAAGUGAACUGCUGUUCACUCACAUCUGGCCAUUACUCCCACUCAUCAGAGUCCAAAAUGAUUUCACUGGACUCCCUAAUUCAAUCUGACUCUGAAGAUGACCUGACAGGAGGCUUUUGUGACUGUGCUCCUCCCAAAAACUUUUGCAACGCGAUCACUUUAAAGGAUGAUGAGGCCUUUGGCUGCUUCGGUCCUCUGAAAAAUUUUGGGCCGAAGGUGGUGGUGCCUGAGGACUCCCAGUGGCCAGCGGGUAUAGCCCAAGAAAAAUCCCCAGCUUGUCCUCCAAGAAGACUUUGUCUAACCUCCUGUAACUUUGAAACCCCUAACAACCAAGCUGCGCCUGCGAGCAUCCAGAAUGUGCAAAUUUCUGGCACUGUCACUGUGAAGGAGCAGCGUGGCACAGGCACACAUCCCUAUACUCUCUACACUGUAAAGUUUGAGACAACGGCUGAAGCAGAAAAUGGUGGUACUCUGCAACCUGCAUCCUGUCACACUGUCAACCGGAGAUACAGCGAGUUCCUCAACUUGCAAACACGUUUAGAGGAGAAGCCUGAAGUCAAGAAAGUAAUCAAGAAUGUCAAAGGCCCAAAGAAAAUGUUCCCUGACCUCCCAUUUGGCAAUGCUGACGUCGACAAGGUUGAAGCCCGUAAAAGUCAACUGGAUACGUUCCUUAAACAAUUAAGCAGCAUUCCUGAGACAUCCAACAGUGAGGACAUGCAGGAGUUCCUGGCUCUCAACUCAGAUGUUUGCACAUAUUUUGGCAGAAAGCCUGUUGUCAAGUCAAGAAUUGAUAAGAUGAUGGAAAAUGCUUUAGACACCUUGAAGACAGCCUUCCCUCAUCCUGAGCCUCUCAGUCCAACGGAGGAUCUUGAUGGAGAUGCUGAUGGAAGAACAAUGGACAACAGAAAGUACAGGAGGCUUAUGUUCCCAAGCAAAAUAUCCACAUCUCUCAAUAUACCUGACCUACAUCCUAAAGUGACAUACUGCUUUAGUGAAGGCAGCGCUGUCCUCAACGGCAUGUCACCGUCUGGCCUGGAGAGCUUUGUCAAAGAGCAGGAAAGACUUUUAUGUGGGCUGAACGGGAAAGAGACAGUCAAGCAGAGCUGUGAGCAGCCUGGCAAAGACAAGAAGACUUCAGGGAAAACUCAUGGGACAGACACAGCCGUGGCAGAUGUUGCUUUGAACAUUUUGUGUCUGCUGAUGAAGGAUCAGUGGAGUUGGCUGUGCACUGAGAACAUACAGAAGACCAUCAGACUGCUCUUUGGCACCUUUAUUGAGAGAUGGUUGGAUGUAGGAGUUGCCCACCUUACCAGUGCCCCCUGCUGGGUGAUUUACCUACAAGUGCUGCAGGAAGCUGUAUGGCCAGGCGGCACGCUGCCCGCUCAACCACGGCCAGAGCGUAGUGCCGCAGAAAGAGAGGAAACCAAGGAGCAAUGUUUGGACUGUUUAGUGCAGCUGCUCCCAGAGCUCAUCACUGACAUGCUGGGAAGUGAGAAGUACAGACUGAGCUUGGAGACCAUGCUGGAGUCUUUACAGGACCAUCAGAUAAACAAGCAUCUGAUCUACUGCAUCUGCGACCUGCUGCUGGAGUUUCUGAUCCCUGAGUCGUGUGACGAGGCCUUCCAGAGGUCUCUGCUGCAGAGCCUGGCCAAAGACACAGAGAGGGACAAUCCUCACAUAUGAUCAGCACAUGAUAACACUCUGAGGCCUCACAGUUGUAAGCAGUUGAUGGAUAAUGUUUCAGUAUGUGUGUAUGAGGGUUGUGACGUAUUCCAAAUGGCCUGUACUGUAGUCACUGGAGUCCACAGAAUGGCAGCAGUCAUUACCUGAUUGGUCAGUGAAAAUAUAUGCAGAAGUCUGUUUUAAGAUUGUAUAUAAGGCUUCUGUCCUUAAUUUCCCUUCAUCUGAUGAGUGGUAUCUUACACUUCUCAAUUAGUGCCUUCAGCUGAGCACUGUGACAGCUAUCAGUGAAAUCAGCUGUGUGAAGGAGGGGCUUAAGUUAUAUAUGGUUUAGUUCCUGUCAGUUUCACAAAGAGCUGUCUUUAGGAAACUUCAGAUUGAUGUGCUGAUUCAGUCAAUCAAUAAAUGUAUUAAUUGUAAGAGCAGUGUGUGGGAAUUGCCACUUCUUCAAGACGUAUACAAUGAUUAUAAGAUUUUACAUGUGGCUCCUUUCUGAAGAUGGUAUUUUGUUAGUCUUUCAUCUGUAUUUACUCCCCCAGCUUCUGUGCACAUACGCUCUUACUAAUGAGGACUAACUGGGAGGACUGAAUUGGAUCAUGUUAUCUAAGUCCAAGAUUGUAUAAAUAAGAAGUAGCCAUUCCAAGUUCAAGAUGUUUAAGAAAGUCACCUUUUAAACAAGGUUGUACUAUUUCAAUUCAAGCUUAAAUUGGUUCAGUUUAAACCUUCUCUCAGAAACCAGCCUCUUGAGUGCUGGUUGUAACUUUUAACUUUUGAUUUAAAGGCUCAAAAAAGGCAAGCAAGGAAAUUGCUUUGAAUAUCUAUAAAUAGACAUCAUGUAAGAUAAAAAAACUGCACAGUUACAGUAUGUUCAUUUAUGUCGAGCAACCAGGGAGGUAGUGUUUGAAUAUUGCUGCUCAGGUGAUUAAUUUCAUUUCGAUGGUAUGUUUUCAUGUGUGCCUCCUGUGGGCUGAGGUGUCUGUUCAAGAUAAUUUUUCAUUUGAGGACAUAUAUUUUGUAAAAUGCUGCAUAGUGUAGCUUUAAACUGAAACUCUAAAACUGGAUUGGCAUAAAAGUAAAUAAAAGUUUGUACUGGCAUAGGCAGUGCUUUUACCUGAC